AUGUCUGGAGAUUAUUAUUCUAUACUGGAAGUCACUCCGAACGCUUCGAUUAACGAUAUAAAAAAAUCUUACAGAAAAUUAGCAUUGAAAUGGCAUCCUGACAAAAAUCCAGAAAAUCAAGAACAAGCAAACCGAAUGUUUAAAGAAAUAUCAGAAGCCUAUGAAGUCUUAUCUGACGAGGCAAAGCGAAAGUUGUACGAUGAACAGCGUAAAAGAAAAGUGUCCGCAUCGUCCAGACCGUUCUUCUACAACUUCUUUGAAAGCCCGUUCCAUCGUUAUUUCGAUAAAAAACGUAAGACUUACAACCAAUACGGCAAAGAUGGUUUGAUAAACGGUGGUGCUGGAAAUGGUGGACGUCGCCGAAAUAAUCAACGACAUCCAGGUCACUACGAUCCAUUUGGCCAAGAUUUUGGACCUGGUUUCUUUAGCUUUUCAUUCAGAGAUCCCGAAGAUGUGUUCAAAGAAUUUUUCAACACAUCAGAUGUUACAGAUCUUUUAUUCCCUGGUCAAAGAUUCAACAAUGGACAUCAGGAAAUAUCUUCAAUGAUGAAUCCAUUUGGAUUUGGCGGUUUUGGAGGUGGUUUUGGUUCUGGGUUUGAUAAUAUGUUCACAAUGGCAAAUAAUGGAUAUUCUAGUCAUAGCGUUAAUGGCGGUGGCAAUAUGAAAAGAACAACAAUAUCUACCCGGUUUUCAAAUGGGAAAAAAAUUACCACAAAAAGGAUUUCCGAACUUGACACAGAAACAGUGGAAACGUAUGAAAACGAUAUGCUCAAAUCGAAGACUAUCAACGGUGUGGCGCAAGCGAUCACGUACGGCCAUUAG